GGUCUUGUCAACAGUGAACAACAACAAUAAUAGCAACAUUCACACCAGUGCCACAGUAGUUCGAUUGGUUAAACCAAGUUUUCAAAAGAUAAUAUGAUCUCAAUUUCAAUCUGUUCGGUAUCUGUCUAAAUUCGUUUCUAAAAUGCACCGAGAAAUAAUUGAAUUAUUACAUUUUUGACAUUUCAUACAACAAUUGCCAUGUAUUUAAAAGGCAAUUCCGUCUUUUCGUUUGCAAAUCGAAUGAAAACAACGUUUAGCACGUAAAUAACAGCCGGUUGUGAAUUUAGUGGCAAACAACGAGGUACAGAGCAAACCAAAAGAACAGAGACAUACAGAAACAGAGAAUGAGAGAAACAGAGGGCGUGAGAGUGUGUGUGUGUGUGUGUGUGUUAACGCGUUAUCAAAAUAUAUGAAUUUACAUUUGAGAGGAAAAUAAACAAAAUUAUCAGCUGGUCGCUUAGUAGCCUAAGCACGGCUACGUGAUUUUGACGAUUCAUUUCGUUUUCAACUGAAAAAGAGAUAAGGUUAAGAAAGUGAGAGAGAUUGAAAGUGUCGUGCGCGCGCGAAAAAUAGAGAAUUUGCCAACGCUAGCUAUUGAGCCCCUCAGUUGUUGUUGCUGCUGUUGCUGUUGUUGUGUAGUUUUUGCUCUCCAAUUAAAAGCAUUGGAAUGUAUCGGUUUAUGAUUGAACGCACAAUAUUCAAUCAAUUGCAGCGUCAGGCAAUCAGCGCGAGCAAGCGAUAUUAUCAAUGCAGCGGAAUCGGGGUUUAUGGCUAUCGUCCCAAAAAGGAGGUUGAAUCAUUCGAGCUCGACGAUAAUGUACUUAAGAUUCGACAGCAGCAAAGUAAUUUCUAUCGAUGGAUUGAAGCGUUUCGCACACAUUCACACCGCAUCGCACAAACAAAUCCCAUUGAACUAGAGAAGAAUAAGAAUAAAAGCCUUCCACCUGAAUUGGAGCUGCAUCGUUAUGGACUCGACGAGCAACAAACACACAAUUUUUGUGGUAUUUUAAAUAAUGAUAUCACCAAAGGCACCGUUCGACAAGCGCAGGAUUUCCUCAAUCGUACCUAUUGUGGCAGUGUUAGCAUCGAAUUUUCGUACAUUGAAUCGGAGCAUGAGCGCGAAUGGCUCACCGUGAAUUAUGAGAAAUUUAUCGCCAAUGCAGAUGAUAUAUCGAUUGAUACGAAAAAAGAGAUACUGGAACUACUGCUGAAAUCACAAAACUGGGACCACUUUUUGGCGAAAAAAUUCCCAAGUGUUAAACGCUAUGGCGGUGAAGGUGCAGAGUCGAUGAUGUCGUUUUUUCGCCAAUUAUUAUUAUUGGCAGCUCAAAAUGAGGUUAAUAACAUUGUGCUAGGGAUGCCGCAUCGCGGUAAAUUGAAUCUACUAACAACGAUGCUCAAGACACCACCAGCAAAAAUUUUCCACAAAUAUAAAGGAAACUCUGAAUUUCCGUCCGGUGUUAAAGCAAUGGGUGACAUAGCAAAUCAUUUCCAUGUGAGCGAAGAUUUUGAAAUAAAUGGCAAUAAAGUUCAUUUGACGAUGCUGCAUAAUCCAUCACAUUUGGAGGCCGUGAAUCCGGUAUCGAUGGGUAAAACGCGAUCAAAGCAGCAAUCUUUGCGCGACGGUGCUUUCAGCAGUGAUGCUCACAAGCGAUUUGGUACCAAUGUAAUUAAUGUGCAGUUGCACGGGGAUGGCGCGUUCUGCGCACAAGGUAUCAAUCAAGAAAUGCUUAUGAUGGCUGAUGUACCGCAUUUUGAGGUUGGCGGAACAAUUCACAUGGUAAUCAACAAUCAAGUGGGAUUUACGACACCCGCAGAGCGUGGCCGAUCAACGCGAUACUGUUCCGAUUUGGCGAAAUGCAUUAUGGCCCCAGUAUUCCAUGUUAACGCUGAUGAUCCUGAAGCCGUCGAUAUUGUGACACGUUUAGCAUUCGCAUAUCAACGAAAAUUCCGCAAGGAUGUUUUCAUCGAUUACAUGUGCUUCCGACGCUGGGGUCACAACGAAUUAGACGACCCGACAUUUACAAAUCCAGCCAUUUAUAAGAUAAUUCAUUCGCGAAAAUCAAUUCCCGACAAGUAUGCCGAACGAUUGAUUCAAGAGAAUGUGGUUAGUGUGGACGAUGUGAAAAAAAUCAUCGAAAAUCAUACACGUUACCUUACGGAAGAGUUGGAUAGAGCAGACUCGUACAAACCCGAAGCAUACUACUAUCAAAGGGGAUGGAAAGAUCUCCAGCCGGCUUCAUCAUCAAUCACAACAUGGGAUACCGGAUUGGAUUACAGUAUUUUACAUUACGUUGGCAUACAGAGCGUCUCAUAUCCGCAACAGUUUACCAUUCAUCCACACAUUUUAAAAACGUUCGUGAAAAAUCGAAAAAUACGACUGGAAACGGGCCAUAGGAUCGAUUGGGCGACGGCCGAGGCGAUGGCAAUCGGAAGUCUUAUGUAUCAGGGCCAUAAUGUACGGAUUAGUGGCGAAGAUGUUGGACGUGGUACAUUCUCGCAGCGGCAUGUAAUGCUCGUUGACCAGCAAACAAAUGAAAUGUACAUCCCAUUGAACGAUAUGUCGCACGGCAAUGGUGGCAAAUUGGAAAUUGCCAAUAGCAUUCUAUCGGAGGAGGCGGUGCUUGGCUUCGAAUACGGUAUGGCAAUCGAUAAUCCAAACAAUUUGAUUAUAUGGGAAGCCCAAUUCGGCGACUUCUACAAUGGCGCUCAAAUAAUCAUCGAUACGUUCAUUGCAUCCGGCGAAACCAAAUGGAUGCACGCAAACGGUUUGGUUAUGCUGUUGCCACAUGGCUACGACGGUAUGGCAUCGGAGCACAGUUCGUGUCGUGUUGAACGGUUUUUACAGCUCACCGAUUCGAAAGAAUGUUCGCCCGAAGGCGACGACGUAAAUUUACAAAUUGUGAAUCCAACGACACCCGCACAAUACUUUCAUGCGCUGCGGCGUCAAAUGGUUCGUAAUUUCCGAAAGCCUUUAAUUGUUGUCGGACCAAAAACCCUAUUGCGUUUGUCAGAAGCAACAUCCGUGUACACCGAUUUCCUGCACGGUACCACAUUCAAGCCGGUAAUCGAAGAUGUAAUCGCCAUGGAAAAGGAUCGAGUGAAACGUGUUAUUCUAUGUAGCGGAAAACAUUAUUAUAAUUUGAAUGCAUUCCGUGAGGAAAACAAAAUUCGCGAAGUUGCAAUCGUUCGCGUGGAAUCGUUGUGUCCGUUCCCGGUGAAAGAGCUUAACGAAUCCUUGGACUUGUAUAAGAAUGCCAAAGAAUUUGUAUGGUCACAAGAGGAGCCGAGAAAUAUGGGAGCAUGGUGGUUCAUUAGACCUCGUUUCGAAAAUAUGUGCGGACAGAAAAUCUCCUACCGCGGAAGAGAUGAGGGCGCUACCACUGCCGUUGGAGUUUCAUCUUGGCACAAAAUUGAAGCGGAACGAGUCGUUGUGGAUGCAUUCAAGGGCCUUUAAAAAAAAUUUCAAUCGAAAAAACACACACACACAAGAAAACACAUUGUAAAUUGGAUAGAUUGUUUUGAAGUUGGAAAUUAAAUUUAUUUUUAUAAAACGGUUUGAUUAGUCUAUUUGAAAUUGGCACAAGUAAUUCACAGAGUAAAAUGACGAAAUGUUACAAACGAAAGAAGAGAAGAAAAAAAAAAAACGAAAACUCAAAUGUAUUAAUAUUGUAAAUACGAAUGUAUAGAGUGUAGACUGUUUAAUUAAAUAUUAAAAUUUCUGUAUGCUUUUUUUCCCUCAUUUUA